AUGGCCGUUGCCGCCUGUCUCAAAGCGUCCCAGUCAACUGUUUUGUAUUCGGGUCAGGCUCAACCAAUCCAUCUGGCAGGCAUGAACGGUGUUGGAGGCGGCGGGGGCGGACCCGGUGGCCACUUGCAGAGCCAGCUGACCCGUUCAUUGGAGCGCAUCCUGGAAGAUGCGCAUCUCAGCGGCGAGCUCAAGCUGAGUGGACGCAAACUGAAGGACUUCCCGAAGGCGGCCGGAAAGUACAACCUGGGAGACACGGUUAUUGCAGAUCUUUCAAGGAAUCGAUUUUGCGAGCUACCGGAAGACAUCACAUGUCUCGCGUUUUUAGAACGACUUUUGGUCUACCACAACACGAUUCGCUCUGUGCCGGAAACUAUACGAGGACUGCAUUCGCUGACCUAUCUAGACUUAAGAAACAAUCAACUAUCGGUUUUGCCACGUGAAAUCUGUGUUCUGCCACUGCAAGUUUUGUUGGUGUCAAACAAUCGGUUGGCAACACUUCCGGAUGAGCUAGGACGGAUGGACAAGCUGACCGAGCUCGAUGCGGCCUGCAACCAAAUAACACAUCUUCCAGCGCGGAUGGGCGAUCUGCGCAGCUUGCGUUCAUUAAAUUUGCGUAGCAAUCAGUUGGUAUAUUUGCCCCGUGAUCUCACCUGCCUGCAGCUGGCGUUUUUAGAUGUAAGCAGCAACAAGAUAGCAACAUUGCCGGUUGAACUGAGGCUUAUGAGCUCGCUGGUCGACUUGGAACUUUCAAACAAUCCGCUCACAUCUCCUCCGGCCAGCCUCUGUGUGCGAGGAUUAGUGCACGUUUUUAAGUAUUUAGAAACGAUUGCGGCGCGAGAGGAAAAAUCAAAGUCGGGUUCUGAUGGACAUGCCACACUUCGUAGGACGGCACUGUCAGCAAAAAGCUCCAGCAGUAGUUUGUUGGACAGUCAACAACGGAAUCGCAGAGCGCACGUUGACUCAGGUUAUUGCACUAGUGACGGUGUCUUCGAGGGUAAGCGUUGGACAGCGGAAGAAGAUGCGCACAAUUCCCUAACUUUAUCGUCGAAAUGGUCCCCCAUCCCUUUGCACUCGAGUUUCACGGUAAUGCCGCGCAACGGCAGUGUCCAUAAUGCUGCUUCUAAUCCGUCCUCAGGUGGGCAGAUCUCUUUGGCAAUCCUUCCACUCGAAGCUGUGAUCGAUUCCAAUUUAGACCAUGGUGGAGGUACAUCUACAGGCAAUGGUGAUGUCUGCUGGGAAGAGGAGUUUCGGAAGACUGCAACUCUCCCGGAACACCAUGCAGAUCGUAAGCAUCUGUCGAACAAUAAUAGCAACGACAUAUCGCCUGAGGGAGAUGUAACGCCCGAUGGAUCGAAGACGGAUGAUAAAAGCCGCACAUUAUCCAAUUAUCAGACGUAUCGUGAAUACAAGGAAGCUCUACGUCAGCAGCGCAACCUUGAUUCCGUUUAUCGAUGCAAGGAUCAACCAUUAACUCCAGACAGUGCCGGAUCGGCGACGGAGUCACCUCUCAGCAACGUUUCUCAGUACACAAAAUCUAUCUCGUCAUCCUCCGUUUAUAGCAGUAGCAACCAAAGUUCUCCCGUUUCACCACAUCAUGCGAGCGGUAUGCAUAAACUGAGUCAAGCUAACGUGAACUCGAAUGUCAACUACGGGUCGGCUGGAGGGCAUUCGAGUCCUCUGUUAUCACCAAACCGUAAUGGCGCACAUACCACGGUGAUCGAUGACGGUAGUGGUGGUAGUACAGGCGGUACUCCAAAUAAACGUCCGGUGCAAAAGGUCAUACCUUCUCGCAAUAUAAGCUCGUCAAUGCAUAACCAAUCGCCAACGCACUUAAAUGGUAACCAUCAUUCGUCGGGAACGGCAUCGGGAAUAAAUGCUGCAAAUGGGAAAACCUCGAUAACGAAUGGUGGUGCAAAGGGGCCCUUAACAUCGCUAAAUGGAGGCACCAGUAAUGAAUACGCUUACGUUAAACCAAAUAGUCCUUGCAAGACUACGAGUGGAAUUUUAACGCACAACAAUGUUCCUCCCUCGUCAAUUCCCAAACCAACGGCAUCGAAUGGAGGAGGAUUGGGUUCACCGGUCUCAGCUGCAGGAUGUCAGAAACCGUUGACCGCAACCGUAGGCUACAUAAAUAAUGCCAAGCCGGGACAGAAAACAAAUAAGACUGUCUCUUGGAAUCGUGAUGUGCCUACAGAAAAGUUGAGUUUCACCAUGCGCCGAGAAUUCGAUAAACAGAAGGAGGAAACAGAACUAAUUGAACAAUUGCGUCAAGUAAUCGAAACACGUUUGAAAAUGUCUCUUCCUGAAGAUAUUGCACCGGCACUGAUGGAUGGUGUUGUACUGUGCCAUCUCGCCAAUCAUGUAAGACCCCGUUCAGUGGGUAGCAUUCAUGUUCCAUCUUCGGCAGUGCCUAAAUUGACUAUGGCAAGAUGUCGAAGAAACGUGGAUUACUUUUUGGAUGCUUGUCGAAAAAUUGGAGUUGAUGAGGAGUUGAUUUGCUCCUGUCAGGACAUCGUUCCACCAACUAUGACCGAGUCUACGUUGACCACAUUGGAGGAUAACGAACGAAAUGCGGCAGACAAUGGCGGACAGGGAUCUCAGGAAGCUGGUUUUUCACCAAGACCUCCUAAUCCGUUAGCGAUGUAUCGAACGCUAGCGGCUUUGUUGAGCAUACCGACGAUGGUGCAUGUAUCAUCAUCUUCUUCGUCGGUCGUUGUUGGUUCACUUCGUCGGCCACGAUCACCGCCACCUCCGCCACCAUCGCAAUCGGUGCCAGGUAUCCCUGCUGCUGCAACCAACACCAACAGUUCAACAGCCCUUGAGAAAAGUUUCAAUUAUGAUAUGCCGGUAUUACAUGCAGCUGCCAGUUAUCCUGCUGUAGCAUUGCAGAAUUUCAGAAUUGGCGCAGAAAUAGAGUCUACCUCAGUUGAAAGUCAUGAACGCUCGAACGGCUCGUCGUCUCAAGGUAGCGAAGAUCGUCGAAAUGUUCCAGUUACAUUGGAUCUUCCCAAAGCGAAUACUAAAACAGGCAAGAAAAGGAAGUUUCCUGCGGGACGAAAUGCGACAAGACGGAAUCCAAACAUAAACGAUAUGCAAUCGAAUUUAAAUGAAAUAAUCGAAGAAUGUGAAUACGAUAGUGAUAUUGGCAAAUUCCGUUGUAAAUCCGAUUACACGAAUGAAGAUAGCUACGAUCGCUCAGAGUACGAUGAUUCUGAAACGAGUCUUACUUCAUGCGAUGAUGAUCCAAACACUCUCGAUAAUGGUGGAGAGGCAUUCACCCCUACCAAUGCCUGUGCCUCAUCUUUGCAUGAUACAAUUAAUGAUAUGCAAAAUUCAUCAAAUGAUCUCGAUACCCCAACUGGCAAUGCACAAUCUUUAAAGCCAGUAGAAGACGGAUACGUAAACUAUAACAUCAUUAAAAAUAAUACGUGCUCGAUAAGUGCAGAGGAACUUAAGGUAGUUACGAAACGAAUAGAGUUUUUCGAAAACGCUGCUGCAACAGGAAGGAAGGUGCUGAAUAGUGAAGUGGCGAAUGUUGCAAUUCAUUCUGAAGAACUAUCCUGUAGAGAUAGUAUCGAGAAACAGCAAUUGUCUGAUGAAAAAGACCAACAAAGCGUGGUCGUAGAUCGUUGUCGAUCCGAAUCUGAUCAUUCAAUGAUUUCCACUAUUCUGUGCUUAGGAACGUUCGUGUUUACCGUUGUUUACCUUUACCUUUAUCCUUUACAAUAUACAGUUAACUCACUAUGGAAUCUGCUAUGCUGUGCAGCGGAUGUACUGGAAGGUCGUGGAGUUGUGCAGGUCGCAAUAACAGUAGUGGAGCUCCUGAAAUUCCACUCCCCAGCUUCGAACGUUCGCUCACCGACUCGUAAUGCGUAUGCGAUAAGCAAUAAUUACAACAGCGGUGGUAGUAGCAGUAGCAGCAGCAACGGUUCCAGUAUACCAAAGUCAAGUCCUUCCUCAUCGUCUCUUUCGUCUUCUAUGAGCGGAAAUGGUACAUGAGACUCGGACAACAAUAAUCCAUCAUCAUCCGUCGAUGGUUCAUCCAGAAGAAACACAACUGGAACAGUAAUGUCAAUUGCCAGUGGAAGAUUAUCAACGGUUGAUGAUGAGAUUUGGAGGAUCUAAAAAAAAAGCAAACCAAGGGGUCUCCUUGCAAGUGCAAUACUUAAGAAGCAUUUUAGCGAAGAAAGAUUAAAACGCUUAAAUGCUUCUUUAGUAUUCGAUGGUAUCGAGAAUUGCUGAUAGCUCACGCCAGCAAGGGUAUUUGCAUAUUUUCAUCCUACAUAUGAUUGUGACAUUGUAUAUAUUUUUAGAACAUAGACGGGUUCUUAUUUCUGUUGUUUGUGGUACUAUGAAACGAACGACUCUUGUAUUGCGUUUGAGUUGAUGGACAAUAUUUAUGAAAGCAAAUUAAAUUUAUUUAUUAAUUCGAUCUAAAUUCUCUUAGAGGAUCGCUAUUAACCUAAGUAGUAAUGUGAGCCAAUAAUUAAUGAAGCCUUUGUUUUGCAAUCGAUACAUCACUCAAGUUUUUGCAUUGCUCUAUUGGAAUAUGAAUAAACAGCAAUGAAAAGGUCACAACAUAAUCCGGCGUUGUUCGGAGUGUUUGGAGUGAAUUAACACGUAUUUUCUUACUCAAGAAUGCGUGAACGGGUUGUAGUUUGAUUAUAGCCGAUGCCAUGAUAGAAAGUAAUCGAGUUCCAAUUAUAAGAAAUAUCACUUUUGUAAGGGAUUUGAAUAAAAAAUGCAACCGUGCUCAACCGUUCUGUGAAUGGAUGUAGCAUCUGCAAUUUUGUAGCCAAAGGUAGUAACUGACUGGCAACAGCAACUAUACGUAGCCGUUUUGAGCUAAUAUUUGCAACAAUGUAGAAGGAUAUAUAAAUUUAUCAGGUUUCCUAAAUAUUAUAUCGAAACUCAGGCAUGACUUUAGCUAUGGAGUAGCUGCUGUGUGAAAGCCGAGAAAACCUAACCUUAGGGUGCUGUGGAAAAAAAGGAACAGCAUGGAACAGCUUUACCGUUUCCAGGGCAACAUGAUAGGUGGAAUUUGGUAUGCGUAUUUUUCAAACGGUAUGAAUAGUAUUAAAAGAUUUUAUCUCGUCAAAUUUUGAACUGCAAUAAAAGGAAUAAACGUAAUCAUACUGCAAUAAAAUCGUACUGCAAGCUAUACGCAAUAAAAUUCGUAUGAUAAACUAUAAUUUGAUGUGUUUUGUAAUGUUUGAGAACAAUGCAUUGUGAAAUAAAAUGCUUACUUUAUU